AUGGGAGAUGCAACGAGCUCAAUGGUGGCCACCCCGGUCCAGCUCCGCACAACCGGCCGCCUCAGCUUCUGCUGCUCCUUCCCCAGGGCACCAGGGACAGCCACCACCACCAGGCGGCGGCGAUUCGCGGCGGUGAGGGCGUCGGCGGAGACGAUGGCGACGGAGAAGCUGGGCAUCAAGGUGGAGCGCAACCCGCCCGAGUCCCGCCUCUCCGAGCUCGGCGUCCGCCAGUGGCCCAAGUGGGGGUGCGAGAAGAGCAAGUUCCCGUGGACCUACUCCGCCAAGGAGACGUGCUACCUGCUGCAGGGGAAGGUGAAGGUGUACCCCGAGGGUCAUGGGGAGGAGUUCGUGGAGAUCACCGCGGGAGACCUUGUCGUCUUCCCCAAGGGCAUGAAGUGCACCUGGGACGUCGCCGAGGCCGUCGACAAGCACUACAACUUCGAGUAG